UAGGAUGAUUGCCGAUCAAAUAAAUCAUGCUCGCAAGCAAAUCCGAACGAGAGACGCUUCCCCUUCCUCUUCCCCUACGCCGAUGGAGUCGCUUGUGUCGCAAGCGAGGCCAGCGGCGGUCCUCUGGCUCGCCGGCUUCCUACAGGCCGCGCGCCUCCACCGCGUUGUCUCCUUCUGCGCCAGCUCGAGGGCACUAUCUAUCAGGAUCGCACAGUGCUUCUUGCUGAAUGGGCUUAUCUUCCUGGGGAGCUUGCUAACCCUGAAAUCGGUGGUCAUUCCAACACUAUUAUGUAUUCUUCCUGAGCAAUGCAAUGAAAUGGGGGGACAUCAUCUUUGUGAUCACACGGCAGCCACAGCUAUCUAUUCAUUCUUACGCUGGGGCCUUGUUGAGAUUUUUUAUGUAUUUUGGUUUUAUCCACUUUAUGUCUUCAGCUUCAUAUUAAGUACACUUUGGUAUAAUGACAUUGCCAAGCACGCUUUGGAUGUUGUGAAAAGUAAGAGCCUAGAUUCGACUCGAGCACUGGAUGAUCGCAACGUAACUGAACCAGAAGACCAGCCUGAAGGAUUUGACAGGGUUGCGCUAGGUAUUGGGGAACAGGUCUAUUCAAUCCUUCUUUUGACCAUUUUCUUUGUUGAGGUUUCAGUGAUUGGUUAUGUACCUUACUUUGGCAAGGCAAUGAACUUCCUGCUCCUGUCAUUGAUCUAUGCCUACUACUGCUUCGAGUACAAGUGGAACUUCUUUGCAGUGAGUCUGAAUAAGAGGCUUGAGUUCUUUGAGUCAAAUUGGGCCUUCUUUGCUGGAUUUGGUGCUCCAUGCGUCCUUCCAAUUUUCUUCUUCUCUCCUCUUACAAGUUAUGGACUUAUGGCCAUACUUUACCCGUUGUUUGUCUUGACUGCUGCAGGCACUCAGGCUGAACAAGUGAUUGAUGAACUGAAACCUGCACACGAAGGGAAACUGCAAAGAGUACCUGUGUUCUUUGUCGCGAAGCGACUAACGACGCAGGUACUGCAACUAUUUCCAGCGAUGCAGAAAGAAGAAUGAAAGAUCCACAGGAACAGUCAAGGAAAGAAGACACUGCGUUGUGCUUAUCACAACGCGGCCAUUUCAAAGAAGACGCUGCUUUGUGCUUGUCGCAACGCCGUUUGUCCAUAAGCUGUUCGCCUCUCCAUAAUUAGGAGUGGGCUGUACAUCUUCGCCACACUGUAAAUACCCUGUAACACUACUGUUGUAGCAUAAAUUUCUGCUAAAUGGAAGCUUCCAGGGGAAAAAAAAUAAAGUUCCACUGUGCAUACAAAUUGUGUCUA